AUGGAGAGCAGCAACGUAUCCACCCCUUCAGCCCUCACCUUCACGUCGGGGCCUGAGGAUUACAACAGUAGCCCCAGCACCCUAGGAGCUGCUGGAGAUCAGGGCGACGUCGGGGAGAGUGCUGGCAUCUUGCACCGCAAGGAGCCCCCCUUCUCCAUUUUUACCGUGUUAGUCUUGACGCUGUUAGUCCUCCUCAUUGUGGCCACCUUCCUCUGGAACCUGCUGGUUCUGGCCACCAUCCUAAGGGUGCGCGCCUUUCACCGUGUCCCCCACAAUCUAGUGGCCUCGACCGCUGUAUCCGACGUGCUUGUGGCGGCGCUGGUCAUGCCCCUUAGCCUGGUGAGCGAGAUAUCUACCGGGAAGCGAUGGCGGCUGGGGCGCGCCCUGUGCCACGUCUGGAUCUCUUUCGACGUCCUCUGCUGCACCGCCAGCAUCUGGAACGUGGCGGCCAUCGCCCUGGACCGCUACUGGACCAUCACCCGCCACAUCCAGUACACCCUGCGCACUCGCAGCCGCGCCUCCAACCUCAUGAUUGUCCUCACCUGGGCCCUGUCUGCUCUCAUAGCCUUUGCUCCCUUGCUGUUCGGCUGGGGUGAGGUGUAUAGUGCUGAGCUCCAGCGCUGCCAGGUGAGUCAGGAGCCCUCCUACGCUGUUUUCUCCACCUGUGGCGCUUUCUACGUUCCCCUCGGAGUAGUACUUUUCGUCUACUGGAAGAUCUACAAGGCGGCUAAAUUUCGCAUCGGGAGACGUCGAGUUGCAGUCUUGCCCCUGCCUGAGACAGUACAGGCAAAGGAAGCUCCCCAAGAGGCCCAGAUGGUGUUCACAGCCCGUCACGCCACCCUUGCCUUUCAAACACAUGGCGAAACAUGGAGGGAGCAGAAGGAGAAAAGGGCAGCCCUGAUGGUGGGAAUUUUAAUCGGUGUGUUCGUCCUCUGUUGGAUCCCCUUCUUCCUCACAGAGCUCAUCACCCCACUCUGCUCCUGCAACAUUCCCCCCAUCUGGAAAAGUAUAUUCCUGUGGCUUGGCUACUCCAAUUCUUUCUUCAACCCGUUGAUUUACACAGCAUUCAACAAAAACUAUAAUAGUGCCUUCAAAAGCCUUUUUACCAAACAGAGAUAA